UACCUGCUGCGUAUCUCAGAGUUCUGCACUCAGUUCUUUUGCUGCCAGUUGCACUCGGUGUAUCCAUUAUAGCUCAGUGGGUGUAUCAUACAAUGUGUCCAUAUGGCAGAAGGAGACACAUUCAUAACUAGAGUGCAGAGGCCUGCCCGUCGUCCUGCCAUAGAUGGAGCCCCAUCUGUUCAAAAGCCCACAAUUCGAUCCCAUCUGUUUUUCGUCAAUAUAGCUACACAGCACACUGAACAUUCGCUGUGCCAGUUCAUGCUCGGGAAUCGUGAGACAGAACAAAAUGUCCUCGUGAAUACCACCCCCCGACAUGUAGCGAACAAAGGUCAAUGCAUCUCGGCCCUCACAGCUAACGUCCAUUUGGAGAGCAUAAGGUGGGGAGUUUGAGUCGUUCAGUCAGUUUCCUCUUGAUUGCUAGCUAUAGCAUCAAUUCUUAGUUUCACAGUGUUAUCUGACAAAGGUAUUGAUGUGAGUGUCUGUGCCUCUGCCGCCCCACACAUUGUUUUCACCAUAUCUAUUGCGGCCGGUAAUAUCAAAGUCUACAACAGUGUGUGGUUUCAUAGUGUAGCGGGCUUAGCCAUUCACCGUGGGAAUGAUUCAAGUUCGGCCUUUUCCCAUGAUCUAAGGGCGCUCUAGUUGAAUUUUAACUUAGAUUUUAAUCAUUUUCAUUUAGAUUUUUAAGGUUAAGCACAUUACAAUGAUUGAGAGACAAAGAUGAUAUUAUAAUAUAACUUUUUUUUUACCAGGAUUGUGGAAAUACUCCGAACCCAUUUUCAUAUCAGGCGACCCCCACAUGGGGUCGUAACCCCUAGUUUAGGAACCACUGAGCUAGCUAGUCUGCCUCGCUAAUGUUAGCUCAACUUAACUGUACUGAAUGGAUGCUCUUUGUCUGUUCUGGUCAACUCCUCAUUGGUGGAUGGUGUCGUGGGCAGAAGGAUACAACAACCUUCUCUCUUGUGCUGUUUUAUUUAAGAACUUGUCAUACCACACAGACUGACUCUAUCUAUGAAGUUGUUUGAAUUUCAGAGGAUCUCUGAAAGGAGCCCAGCGAAGGAGCCCAGCAAAAGAAGACUACUGAUCGUCCAACUGUAAAAGCAGUUUCCAAACAAGAAACGGAAGAGUACUCUGAUGGUGAGGAGGAUGACGAUGAUGAGGAGCACGAUGAAGACGACAAUAACAGCAAGCGCUAUGAACCUCGACAGAAAAAAGCAGUGGUUCGCUACCAGGCACCUCUGGAUGAAUCCAGGAAGAAGCCGCCAUGUUUUUCGACCGCCAGGCAUCUUCCACUAGAGAGAGCUACCGCAUCAGUGCCUCAGUGCCCAGGAGUGUCCACACCACCAGCCGAAGGAGUGGCAGGUCCCUCCCACGGUGUCUGCCUCUGAAUUGGCGCAAAGAGGGCAUUUGGGACAGAAUCCAUAAGGACAGAAUGAAGAUGGGUGCAAGUCUUGCGGAUGUCGACCCCAUGGCGAUUGACCAGUCGGUGCGCUUCGACACCGUUGGCGGUCUGACAAGCCACAUUUCCGCCCUGAAGGAGAUGGUAGUCUUCCCUCUGCUCUACCCAGAGGUGUUUGAGAAAUUCAGGAUCCAGCCCCCAAGGGGCUGCCUGUUCUACGGUCCCCCUGGUACGGGGAAGACCCUGGUGGCCAGAGCGCUGGCCAACGAGUGCAGCCAGGGGGAGAGGAAGGUGGCCUUCUUCAUGAGGAAGGGGGCCGACUGCUUGAGCAAGUGGGUGGGAGAGUCGGAACGCCAGCUAAGGCUGCUCUUUGACCAGGCUUACCAGAUGCGGCCAGCCAUUAUCUUCUUUGACGAAAUCGAUGGGUUGGCUCCGGUUCGCUCCAGUCGUCAAGACCAGAUCCACAGUUCCAUCGUGUCCACCCUGCUGGCACUAAUGGAUGGCCUGGAUAGCCGAGGAGAGGUGGUGGUGAUCGGAGCCACCAACCGACUGGACUCCAUCGACCCCGCCCUCAGACGCCCCGGACGCUUCGACAGGGAGUUCCUCUUUGGCCUCCCUGAUCGCGAGUCCCGGAAAGAUAUCCUGAAGAUUCACACCAGACAGUGGAAUCCUACACCGUCCGAUCCUUUCCUGGAAGAGUUGGCUGAUAAAUGUGUCGGCUACUGCGGCGCCGACAUCAAGGCGGUGUGCGCCGAGGCGGCCCUGUGCACGCUGCGCCGGCGCUACCCCCAGAUCUACGGCACGUCCCAGAAGCUCCUGCUGGACGUGGGCUCCAUCAACAUCAACAGCCGGGACUUUGUGGCCGCCAUGAGGAAGAUGGUGCCAGCCUCCCAGAGGGCUGUGUCAUCCCCUGCCAAGGCCCUGACCCCUGUGGUUAUGCCCCUGCUGGGCCCCGCCCUCACCAACGUGCUGGACGCAGUGCAGAAGCUCUUCCCCCACGCCGAACAGGGCCUCAAGAGGAAGAGGGAUGCAGAUCUGACAGACAGCAUUCUGGAGGAUGAAAUCAUGUACAGUGGGGACGAGGGCCCCUCGUCCAAUAAUUCCAUCACCAAACAGACCACCACCAAAGGGAGCUUCCUCCAUUUUGCCAGGAGUGCGAUCUGCCACCCCACCACCUACCGGCCCAGGCUGCUGCUGGCUGGGCGUCCCGGGGCGGGUCAGAGCUCCCACCUGGCCCCCGCCGUGCUCCACGCCCUGGAGAAGUUCACCGUCUACACCCUGGACAUGGCUGUGCUGUUUGGAGUCAGCUGUACCUCACCCGAGGAGGCCUGUGCACAGGUGUUCUGCGAGGCCAAGCGGACCUCCCCCAGCAUAAUGUACAUCCCCCACAUCCAGCAGUGGUGGGACACGGUGGGCUCGGCCCUCAAGGCCACCUUCCUCAGCCUGCUGCAGGACAUCCCCUCCUUCUCCCCCAUCAUGCUGCUGGCCACCAGCAACGUGGCUCACCACGACCUGGCCGACGAGAUCCAGACUCUGUUCCGGAUGGAGUACGGAGAGGUGCACUCUAUCCAAAUUCCCACCCAGCAGGAGAGAAGGAAGUUCUUUGAGAAUCUCAUCCUUAGCCAGACUGCCAAGGCACCCGCGUCCAAGAAGAAAGCCUUGAUGCAUGUCAUGGAGGUGCUCCCCCUUGCCCCCCCUCCUCCCCCCAGGCAGAUGAGUGAGAGGGAGCGUCUGCGUUUGGAGGAGCAGGAGGAGGACACACUCAGGGAGCUGAGGCUGUUCCUGCGCAACGUCACCGAGCGCCUCUCCCAGGACAAACGCUUCAAGGCCUUUACUAAGCCUGUGGACAUCGAAGAGGUUCCUGACUAUAUUAAGGUGAUCAGGCAUCCCAUGGACCUCUCCACUGUACUGUCCAAGGUCGACCUCCACAAGUACAUGACCGUCAGGGAGUUUGUCAACGACGUGGACCUGAUCUGGAAGAACGCCCUGGAGUACAACCCUGACAGCGACCCAUCUGAUCGUCAGAUUCGUCACCGGGCUUGUGCCCUGAAGGACACGACCCACGCCAUCAUCCGCGACGAACUAGACGAGGACUUUAACAGAAUCUGUGAGCAGAUCAGAGAGUCGCGCAACAAGAGAGGGUGCACGUCCUCAAAGUUUGCCCCCUCCUACUACCAGACCUUGCCCAGAGAGGAAGGAUUUGCCGAGUCCAAGAGGCUAGGCGGUAACACUGGCAAAGACGCCAGCACCCCGUUCACUGCCAACACCCCACGGCCCGCACCCUGUCCUCUAGCCCGUAAAAAGAAACCGCCCAAAACACGACGCGAAAGCAAAUGGAGCUUCGGCAUCAUAAAGAAGAAUAAAAAUAAACCUACUUCUUCCUUUUCUUCGAACAAGGAGAUCACAAACUCAGGGGAGGAAGAAGCGGAUGUGAGUGAUGGCAUAGAGGAGGGUGAAGAGAAACAAGCUAAGGCUUUGGAGACUAUUCUAGAGAACUGCUGUGGAGACUCCCCUAUGGAGUGUACCUCAGAGAAGACCACUAAGCCUGCUGAGGAUGUGGAAGAGGCCUGUGUUGCAGAGCAGCCCACCACCACUCCCAUCCCCAAUGGAGACUGGCAACAGCAAGCUCCAGACCCCACAGAUGACUCACACCAGCCAGGCCUCACACAGGUCCAAUCUGGGAUCCAAGCCAGUCCAGUGGUGGCAGUCAAUGGAGACAACCACCAGCCUGCCAGCCCUCCAGUGGAACGUGACCCAAGUCCAGUCAACAACACCCCUACAAAGGAGGUAGAUCAGGGGGAGAAACACACCACAAAGACCAAAGAGCCUGAAAGGUUGGAGGAUGACUGGGACAUAGGUCUGUAUUAUGGGUCCCGGAUCUGGGCCGCAAGCAAGCUACUUCUUCUGGCCUCAGGGAACAGCUCAUUCAGUUUCACUGACCUUUGGCCUCUUGGGCUCCAGCUGUUGGGGAGCAUGAGGCGUGUGACCCGUGCCACCAGGACUCUGGUGCAGCAGCAGCAGUUGAUCGACGUGGACAAGGCCCUGGAGAUCCUGACCCAGAAGACCCCUCAGCUGGUCGUGGACCACGACAAACUCAAGGAAUUGCUCAAAAGAGUUGUGUCCAAGACGGAGGGCUAUGAGGUGCAUCAGCUGGAGAAGCUGUAUGCUCUGUUGUGUCAGAGCAUCUACAGACACCGCAAGAACUUUGAUAAGACAGAGCUCUUACAGGAAAUGAAGAGAGAAAUCGACAACUUUUCCUAACUUCUUCCCUUGAUGUUUUCCUAUUUUCCAUAUUGUAAUAAAAUGAUGCAUUUCAAGAUUUUCUCUUUUUUACCUAUUACAAUGGGCAUAAUCAUGCAUUACAUUGGUCAGAAAUGUGGUUACCAUAAUUUAUAGUAUUUCAGAGGCACGGACUUGAGUCAGAAUUGACUUUAGACUUGUAUAUUUUUCUUACUUGUGACUGACUAACACAGUGUGUAUUUUUAUGUAUGCAUUUGUCUGAAAUCAGUCACACACAGUAUGUGCGCAUAUGCACAGGUUCACUUCACGCUCUUACAGUGUGGGAGCCACGGGACCAAAACAGUGGAGAAGUUGAAACUUGUGCUUCAACACUUAGUUGCGGAAAUUGACCCACUAUGCGGUUUACUUUCUGCAUCUGUCAUAUCACUGAG